CUGAAGUAGAAGAGACGGUCAUAGAGGAAGGGAGUUCUAUUACUUCUGUUUCCUUUCUGGUAUCUCUCGGUGUUGUUGUGAACGAUUGUCUGCGCGUCUCGUCAGCCUCGCGUAUCGCCGAAAUGUCGUACGCGUACCUGUUCAAGUAUAUCAUUAUCGGGGACACAGGAGUUGGAAAGUCUUGUCUUCUUCUUCAGUUUACGGAUAAGAGAUUUCAGCCAGUCCAUGACUUAACAAUAGGAGUUGAGUUUGGUGCUCGUAUGAUUACCAUUGAUAGCAAGCAAAUUAAACUACAGAUCUGGGACACUGCAGGUCAAGAGGCAUUUCGUUCUAUAACAAGGUCAUAUUACCGUGGAGCAGCCGGAGCUCUAUUGGUAUAUGACAUUACACGUAGGGAAACUUUUAAUCAUCUUACAACAUGGCUGGAGGAUGCAAGGCAACAUUCAAAUUCCAAUAUGGUUAUCAUGUUAAUUGGCAACAAAAGUGAUCUAGAUAGUCGAAGAGAAGUAAGAAGAGAAGAAGGUGAGGCUUUUGCACGAGAGCAUGGUCUUGUCUUUAUGGAGACCAGUGCUAAGACUGCAGCCAAUGUAGAAGAAGCAUUCAUCAAUACUGCAAAAGAAAUUUACGAGAAAAUACAGGAAGGUGUCUUUGACAUUAAUAAUGAGGCAAAUGGUAUUAAGAUUGGACCACAACAUUCGCCAACAAGUCCUGGAGGUUUAGCAGGAACUGGUGGACAAGGUAGUGCGCAGGGUGGUGGGUGCUGCUAGGGGCUGGGGCUUAUCUGUCCACCGCUUCAUCCUUCUCCGAUUUGAAUUGACCUUACUUCUGCUCUUCAUUUUAAUCUGAACACCCUUACUUUGUACAACUUAAUUUCGCGCAUGUUGCGUCAUGAGGUAACAAGUGACAAUUGAUGUAUUUAUUAGCUAAAAUAAUCUUAUACACGUAAUAAAUAUAGGAUUAUUGUAAGACGAAAAUGUUAUACAUCAUUAAAAUCA